AUGUCGCUCGUACCUGCUAGAUCGCGACCCUCUCGUAAGUCUGGUGAAGCAGACCUUCGGGCCUCCAUGAACCGCUCCGAGUCGAUGGAUCCCACUACUUCACAGUUCGUUUCAUCUCAGCCUAGCAGUCAUAACAAGAGAGGAAGCAUCUCGGGCAGCUCGGUCUCCCUUACAAGCCCACCGCCACCUCGAGGUCAUAGAGCAGAGGUCUUCGAUAAUCGUAAUCGGUCACAAAGCCUUCAGGACUGGAUGGAAACUAGAAUCACACAGAUCAUCCGAACCGUUCGAGAUACCACCUCAAUCCCGCAACAAGUACAAGAUAACAUCGGUGCUGAACUUCAAAAGUUCCUCGUCGAUUUCGCGGCCCAGCAAGUCUUCGUCACUCAAAGCGUCGAAUUUUACCAGACCAAGCUCCGAGACCUUGAGUCCCAGCUUCAAGAAGCUUACAGUGAGUCCGGUGAUCAUUCUGGCGAGCUCAGCAAAUGCGAAUUACUUGCCAUUAUUGCCUCACAACGCGAGGAAUUACAGUUGAAAGAAAACCAGCUAAACGGAAAGAGAAUUCUCUGGCUUGCCUCCCACCCACCCGCGUCUCAACAGAGAGGUGACCCAAAUCCACUCGGGCUCCCAAGUCUCAACGGAAGAUCACAAUCGCAACUCCGAUUGGAAGCUCCAUCGUCCUACAGCAACUCACGUUCCGGAUACCGUGGUAGUGGUUCAACAUCGAUGGCACGCCUGUCAAGAGCUUCGCUAGCUGCGAUGGAAAGCGCCGCUGUCGGAGGUCAAGCAUCCCCGACCCAAGAGGAGUAUAAUCGAGUAAAGGCAUCCGUGUCCGUAGCAGUUCCUGAUAGCGCUUUGGAGAACGUCCAGUCCAUCUCAAACUUAAGAAACAAUCUUAACAGUGAGACCGAAACGGUUAUCAAUCACCACCGCUCACAACUUCCACUUGUUCCAUACAGAGAACCACCUGCGCAUGUUCCGAGUGUUCACGAGAUCAGUGUUGCCUUCACAAAAGACUUCAGUGACAUCUUUGCUCUGGCCGAAGGAUGGGCUCGCACAUAUUGUUGCAUUCCUAACAUUCAAGAAGAUCGCGCAAUUGCUAGCUCGAAUCAAGCUCUCUGGAAUUACAUGACCAAGCUCACCUAUAACGAUCCUCAGAGUGCGCAUAGCCAUGUGAUGGCCCUUUUGAGCAGCGAAAACACUCGAUUCUGGUUUACCUUCGAGCAAUACAAUAAUGGUGUUGCUGCACAUCUUGCCAGCAUUAGGGAGCAACUUACAGCUAGACCAUUGGCUUCUGCAGAGAAACGCCAAAAGCUUGUCGCCGAGCAAUCUGCCGUUGUCAAGUCCGUUGUUAACUCCCCCGAUUUCGCGAAAUUCCGAAAUGAUUCGCUCACAAACCACACGAAGCAUCUUCGAGACAUUCUCGGACCUCUCAUGAAUGAGGGAACCUCUAAGUCAAAGGCCGGUACUGAUCUUGGUGCAAUUAUCAUUGCUUCCAUGGAUCUCUGUUGCAGAAUGUGGACAGCAAAGUUGAGCUUCCAGGUUAUCUUUCCCGAACUUCUGGGCAACAAGUUCACAGCUGGCACCAUGAUCGCCAAGGACCAUCCAAGAGAUAAUCCAUACCAGCUACAAACAAAGCAGAAGCGUCUCAAGCUUGUCAUGACCCCAUCUAUUACAAUGCGCGAUGAUAAUUCCAUUACCAUCAUCGCAAAGAGCUUGCACAAGGCAAGUGUUCUUCUUAUGACCUAA